AAUUACAUGUUGUGUCCUGGUCAAGAACACAACUUCACGUCCCAGACCCAACAAUACUAACCUCGAACUUUAUCAUCACUAACACAUCAAAAAUUCAAAAUAUUCUUGACAACACAGAAAAAAAAAAAAGAUGAAGUCCCACAAGCCUUAUGUCGCAAUGCUCUUUGUUCAGUUAGUUUAUGCGGGAAUGGCUCUCUUCUCCAAGGCUGCGAUCUCCAAAGGCAUGAACCCUUUUGUAUUCGUCGUCUUCCGUCAAGCUCUGGCCUUUCUUGCCCUGUCUCCCUUAGCUUUCUUCUUCGAGAGCAACAAGUAUGCUCCCAUGUCGUAUGGGUUGCUCUUCAAGAUCUUCUUGGUUUCGUUCUGCGGGCUCACACUCAGCUUAAACCUCUACUGUGUUGCAAUCAACCAUACCACCGCUACAUUUGCUGCUGCCACCACCAACAUAAUCCCAGCCAUCACUUUCAUUAUCGCUGUUUGUUUAAGGAUGGAGAGCAUUUCGAUAAGGAGAUUCCAUGGGAUAGCAAAAGUGGUGGGUGCUGUGAUGGGAGUUUCUGGGGCAAUGGUGUUUGCCUUUCUGAGGGGGCCCCAAGUGAAGAUCAUGCUGAAAUGGUACAUGUCAUCAAACAAUAACCAAGCGAAAACGAUGAAUCACCCAACUGAGGAUGUCUCGAGCUCAAGGGAUCAUCAGUGGGUCAAGGGUUCACUCCUCAUGCUCUCCUCCAACGUCCUCUGGUCUCUGUGGCUUGUUCUUCAGGGUCCCAUAGUGAAGCAGUAUCCUGCGAAGCUGCGUCUCACUGCGCUGCAGUGUUUCUUCAGCUGCGUGCAGUCGGCUUUCUGGGCAGUCGCGGUGGAGAGAAGCCCAUCCGCCUGGAAGCUCGGGUGGGACAUCAACCUCCUCUCGGUUGUCUACUGUGGAGUGAUCGUGACAGGAAUCACAUACUGGCUUCAAGUAUGGGCAGUAGAGAAGAAAGGGCCGGUUUUCACCGCAAUGUUCACUCCCUUGGCUCUCGUCGUCACUGCCAUCUUCUCUGCUUUCCUCUGGAAAGAGACUCUCUACUGGGGAAGGGUGGGAGGGGCACUUAUGCUGGUGGGUGGGCUCUACUGCACGCUGUGGGGGAAGAUCCGAGAAGACAGGAAAUCCCAGAAGGUUGAGCUAAUUGGGGCUCAUGCAGAUGAUGAUGCUCGAUCCAAGGAGGGAAGUACUACUGGACCAGAGACCGUCUGAUUGACACCUGAUGAAUGAAUAAAUGAGUGAAUCAAUGCUUCAAUUUGGGCUCCCCAGUUAUAUCAUUAAGUCACCGCAUGACAUGAUGAUGUAAUUAUUAUCUUGUCCAAAUUCCCUUUACCUUUUUGUUUUUUCUUCUUUUCUCUUUUGUUUUGUUCUUUUAAUUUGUGCAUUAUUUUUCCUUAUAUUGUUGUUUCCUUUUAUCCUUUUUUCCCUUUAGGGCUCCAACUUUAUGGUGGGUUUGUAAUAUGUGAUUAUAGGACAUAAGAUUUGGUACCCCUUUGCUCUUGUUGUGCAUUAAUUCAA